AUGUCGUUGAACACUACGUCGCACUUGCCGCAGAGGCUCACAGCCCUCGUGGUGUCGGUAUUGGUGGCGUUGGCUGCUGGCACGCCGUAUUUGUACGGAGUGUUUUCCCCCCAGCUUAUCCAGAGGGUGGGUCUCACCAUUUCAGAUUCGGCCACCAUCUCGCUGGCUACGAACUUGGGCUCUGGCCUCGGGGGGUUGCCUGCUGGAUUGGUGAUCGACCACUACGGACCCCACAUCUCCAUCAUGAUCGGCUCCACUGGCAUCUUUCUUGGCUACUUGGCGUUGCACAUCAUCUAUCAACGUGCAAUUGCCAGUCUUCCGUUGAUAUGCAUGUCAAUGGCGUUGGUGGGCUUUGGCUCUAUCACCUGUUUCUUCGCCACAUUGAAGGCUGCUCAAGCCAAUUUUCCCAAGCACAGAGGCACGGCUGGCGCCUUUCCUGUGAGUGCCUUUGGCCUCGCGGCCACAAUCUUCUCGGUGAUUGCAGCUACAUUCUUUAGCGGCAACUCUGGAGGCUUGCUCUUGUUUUUAUCGUUGUGCUGUGGAACUAUUGCCUUCGUGGGUUCGUUCUUCAUCCACGUCUAUCUCGACCAACAGGACCCUGGCGACGAAGAGCAGCAGGUACAGGCUAUCAGUGUACCUCAGGUUUCUUCAGGAUUUUCUGACGAAGAGUCUCCUUUGGUGUCCAGGUCCAAUUCGUCCUAUUCUUUGGCUGCCUUAGACGAAUCUGGCACUAAGCUACUCAAUGGCAAGACUUUAUUUUCGGAUUCUUUCCGGGGUACUAAGCCUUUGUUGGGAGGCAAGGGAGCCUCGGUCAGUUCUAGCACCUUGGAUUCGGAUUCUACGCUUCGUAGUAUCCCUGAGCUGCCCAAGAGUGAGACAUUAUUGAAUACCAAGAAUAAUCUGCAAACUGGCCUGGCCCCCGGUGCUUCAAAGAGAGUUCCUAUCAUCCAGAUAUCGCAGCCACAGAUUGAGUCCCGACCAACCAGGCCGUUGGAUGUAAUAAGAGAUAGACUCACCGAUAGAGUUUUUUUGACACAUUUCUUGGCUGUUAGUUUGAGCAGCGGAAUCUGUCAGAUGUAUAUCUAUUCAGUGGGAUUCAUUGCAACAGCCCAAUAUUACUAUGAUCCUGAACAUGGUCAGACUCAACUAUUUGCAAGAGCCGUUGCGGCAAUUACUGGUGGAGCCCCUAUUUCAGGCGGAGCAGCUGCAUUGCAGGCUGUCCAAGUCUCAGUGAUAUCAUUGGCUUCAUUCUCAGGCAGAUUGAUAGCAGGAUUCUUGAGUGACUACAUUCACAAAAAGUUUCACAUUUCGAGAUUGUGGAUCGUUGCGGCAACUUCUGUUGCUUUGGCAGUUGGACAAUUCAUAAAUAUCCACAAUGUUAAUAAUCCUCAUCUUGUUAGCAUCGCCUCCGCGUUGAUAGGAGGCUGUUAUGGAUUGGCAUUCGGUACUUAUCCUGCGGUGAUUGCAGACCAGUUUGGAACCAAGACAUUUUCUACAAGUUGGGGGUUGAUCUGUGUGGGGCCAUUGACCGUCUUGUUCAGUUUAAACAAGUUCUUUGGCUACUUGUAUGACUCCAAUUCUGAUCCCGCAACAGGGAUCUGCUACAAGGGAAACGAAUGUUAUAAAGGUGCAUUUGAAAUAAGUUUCAGUUUGUGCUUUCUCCUUCUUGUUGUGGUGUUGAUUUUGAUUUCCAUUGAUAAGAAGAAGAGAUAG